AUGCCGUCGUCGAGCAUUCUCAAGAGACUCCAUUUGACCAGACUGACUCCACAGAACAUUGGCCAAAGCACUGUUCACCCCGAAUCUGCAGAAAUCACAGUCGACUCGUUGGAUAACAUUGACUCUAUGAGUUAUUACAACCAGCCUGCUCAUCCUGCUCAAUCCAAUCAGCCACACACUAACGACUGCCAACAGGUGUACCCAACUUUAGUAUCUCAACAGGGCUCAGCGCAAUUCCCAAACCAACAGCAGCAGUUGCAAUCUCAGCUUUACCAGUCUCAGUACCCUCAAGAAAUGUCUCUGCAACAGGCUGGACAACAGACACAGCAAUUUGGUCUGCAACAAGAGGCUGACAAUAACGCCAUCAACCUCUCGCUUUUACCAAGCAGAUCCACUGUCUCAAAAGGAAAGUAUGCCUUGACUGACUUUGCUAUCAUGAGAACCUUGGGAACUGGCUCUUUCGGUAGAGUUCAUUUGGUUAGAUCGGUGCAUAACGGGAGAUAUUAUGCCAUCAAGGUAUUGAAGAAGCAGCAGGUCGUGAAGAUGAAACAGGUGGAACAUACUAAUGACGAGAGAAGGAUGUUGAAGCUUAAUGUGGGGACAUUUCAGGAUGCUAAGCACUUGUUUAUGGUGAUGGACUACAUCGAAGGUGGAGAAUUGUUCUCGCUUUUGAGAAAAUCACAAAGAUUUCCCAACCCAGUGGCCAAAUUUUAUGCGGCCGAAGUUGUCUUGGCAUUGGAAUACUUACACUCUCAUGACAUUAUCUACCGUGACUUGAAGCCUGAAAAUAUUCUUUUGGACAGAAACGGACAUAUCAAGAUCACAGACUUCGGAUUUGCAAAGGAAGUUUCCACAGUGACAUGGACUUUGUGUGGCACUCCCGAUUACAUUGCGCCGGAGGUAAUUACUACAAAGCCGUACAACAAGUCAGUUGACUGGUGGUCGUUGGGCGUUUUGAUCUUUGAGAUGUUAGCUGGCUACACCCCAUUUUACGAUUCCACGCCAAUGAAGACAUACGAGAAAAUCUUGUCGGGAAAGAUACAUUUCCCAAGCUUUUUCAAUCAUGACGUUGUGGAUUUGCUUUCCAGACUUAUGACAGCCGAUUUGUCCUACAGACUAGGGAAUUUGUUAAAUGGUCCUGCUGACAUUAGAAAUCACCCCUGGUUUUCUGAAGUUGUGUGGGAAAAGCUUUUGGCCAAGGAUAUCGAAACUCCUUACGAGCCUCCGAUCACAGCAGGAACCGGAGACUCAUCUCUCUUCGAUCACUACCCGAAGAGCAAUUGGAAUACGGCUGUCAGGGUGAGGAUAUCCACAAAGACUUGUUCACCGACUUCUAGACACCUACUCUAA